CACGACCGUCCCUAGACUUAUACGCGCAGGACUCGCACUACUCAUACGACUUGUUGAACUUGUUGUCACGAAUCACACGCUCUCGUCAUGUCUGAACCGUACGACCCCUACCUUCCUCGCAAUGGCUCGUCCCCUGGCGCGGGUCCCGCCGCAGGCAACUCGAAGACCGCCGCUAUCCAGCAGCAGAUUGAUGACACCGUCGGAAUCAUGAAAGAGAAUAUCACAAAGGUCGCUGAGAGAGGAGAGCGGCUGGAUCAAUUGCAGGAUAAGACGGACAAUCUCGCUGUCUCAGCACAGGGAUUCCGUCGUGGGGCCAACCGAGUGCGCAAGAACAUGUGGUGGAAAGACAUGAAGAUGAGGCUCAUCAUCGGCUUGGCGAUUGCCAUUAUCAUUGUCAUUAUCGUCGUUUCCAUUGUGAAGGCAACACAUCACUGAGAACGACACUGCCCCUUACUGCGAGAAGCCCCUUUGCCACCCCGAUAUCCUUCCGUUGACCGUGUUUCUAUUUCUUUGCCCUAUGACUGUAUCUAUGCGCACGUUAUCAUAAUCUUCCGCACGAUUAUGGACUUCUGUGUUUAAGGAGAUUUUUGUACAACACUAUGGCGUUGCAGUUAUUGAAGUGCAUUUGCGACGGC